UGACAGGCAGUGGUGUUCAGACUCGAUCCUGGUGUAUGCAUAUUUUCGUUCCAACCGUAAUUGCAAUCCCAGAAUUUUAACGAGUGCAUUAUACUGAAUAAUGCUUUGAUGGAUGAGGAAUACAAUUGCAAUAAUCACAUUGUCCUAUCUUGCGAACCUUUCAACUAAAGUAUUUUAAGUGAUCAAAAUCAAGGCUAUGUAAAUCAAUAGGCUUGAUCUGCACUUCAUUGUACGUCGCUCUGGAUAAAAGCGUCUGCUAAAUGCCAUGCCAUGUAAUGUAAUGUAAUGUAAUGUAAUGAAUUAACUAAAUGUCAAUUUGGCUAUUUUUUUAAAUUAUUAUUUUUGCCUUUAAGUUCUAUCUACCAAAUGGUUAGUUUUAGUAACCAUGUAUCCACACUUUCGCCAGUUAGCCCAAUGAUUCACCUCAAACGUUAAUUUCAUCAGUUAUUAUUAUUAUUAACCUCUCUUUAUGUAAUGCUAUAUUGCACAGGCUAAAUAUGGGACGUUUGCAUACCACGCUAUGAAAUAGUUUAAGUGGGCAAAUAAUCCCUCAAAAGUAUAUUUAAUAAAAAUGAACAGCUUUUUAAAAUUCGGCCAGUAUGAAAGCCAGCAUACUCCGAGUUCCUCCACCCAGGACUGAGUUUGAAAACCCACCAAUUCUAACCCACCAAUUGCUAUUGCGAAGUUGUCUAUAGCCCCCAUCAGAAACAUUUGGACUACAAGUUGCGCAAUAAUUAAUAGUUUACACAUGCUGUGUCCACAGCACGCCACACAAAUUUAGAGAAGUAGAGAAGUAGAAUUAAUCGUGCUGCUGGUUUUAGUUUUGGAAUUAAACUCAGUUUCAGCCAAUUCAGGCCCUUAACAAAAACUAGUAGAGCCUGUGGCAGACCCCUGUACUGCACGAUUGGUUAUGCUCUACUCUUCUAAAUUUGUGUGUGGGGUCGCCCAUACUCCCGCCAUUACGCAGCUGCCCAAUCCCCACGUCAUUAUCCAAGUCAGUGGCGAUCACGUGCAUACUAAGCAUAAGAGACUUGAAGGUGGAGAUUUGAAGUGCGCACGUCUUGUCGAACGGGGCAGAGGAACGUCCGGAGGAAGCGGAGGAACUGGGAGAGAAGACUGGCGGCCAAUAAGGACAAACGGAAAGACGAAAGGCUGAGGAGGAGGCUGAAACGGGCCGAACAGCCAGUUCCACGGUGGUGGAACGAACUCCCCGUGGAGGUCAGAGCAGCAGAAUCUCUCGCCACCUUCAAGUGCAGACUGAAGACGCACCUCUUCAAGCUGCACCUCUCCCUGCUCCUCCCUACCUCCCUGUAAACCUUAACUGUUGUUUUUACCUGUGUUAUUUACUUGUGUCAUUAGGAUGAUACCUUUGCUAGUUUUGUUUUUCUAGCCCCAUACCCCGAUAUGGACAGCCCGCAGCACAGCAAACGCGUUGUCAAGGUGAUCACCCGAGAGCGCCUCCGGGACGCGCAGCUGACGGGGCCUAAGCUGUGCGUGGACUGCGGCCUGACGGAGUGCAUGUCUCAUAAGGAAAUAAGCCGGCUUUCCUGUCAGAUACGGCGUCUGUACGGGUCCAACCGGAGAGCUGCCAGGCCCUUCCACAUCGUGCUAACGGACCUGAGGGAGAGCAGCCUGUUGUUCCAGGAGUGCCUGAGGAUGAACGACGGCUUUCUCCACUAUGUGAUGGACGUUACUGAAGAAAGCUGCAUCGACCUCUUCCCUCUUGAAAGCCUCAUCUACCUCACGCCUGACGCAGAGCAAGCUUUGAACACUGUGGAUCCGGAGAAGGUGUACAUACUUGGAGGCCUGGUGGAUGAAAGCAUUCAGAAGAAGAUCAGCUUUCUGAAGGCAAAGGCCAGUGGCAUCUGUACAGCCAGGCUGCCCAUCGAUGAAUACAUGGUGAAGAAGACUAAUCCCAAAAACUUCCAUUCAAAGAUACUGGCCAUUAAUCAAGUCUUCGACAUCCUGCUGUGCUUCUGUGAGUCGGGCAGCUGGACUCAAGCCCUGGGAGUCGGAGUCCCGCUGGGGAAAGGGUACGUGGUCGCUCAGGAAACUACGGAGACUUCUGCAACUGAGACAAAAUGCGGAACGGGCAAGGCUGUGGACGCCUUACCGUCGAGGCGUGUGAUAUGAAGGGCAGCUCUGUGUGCUGCAUGCCGUCUGGGGAGGGACGCAUGGUCACCUCACGGUUUUCUCCUGACCCAUGACUGUGUACUGAACGGGGAAGGCUGGGUGGUGUCCACGCUGUGCAACACUGGGAGUACAUCUUUCAGAUGAGACGUUAAACCAAGGUCCUGACUCACUGUGGGGGCGACAUGGCUCAGGCGGUAAGAGCAGUCGCCUGGCAGUCGGAGGGAUGCCGGUUCCAUUCCCCGCCCGGGCGGUGUCGAAGUGUCCCUGAGCAAGACGUCUAACCCCCAAAUGCUCCUGACGAGCUGGUCGACACCUUGCAUGGCAGCCAUUGGUGUGUGAGUGUGUGUAUGAAUGGGUGAAUGGAGAAGCAUCAAUUGUACAGUGCUUUGGAUAAAGGCGCUAUAUAAAUGCCUGCCAUUUACCAUUCUGUGGUCAUGAAAGAUCCCACGACACUCUUUGCAAAGAGUGGAGGGGGGUUCCCUGGUUAAAGUCCUGGCUAAAUUCCCAACCCCGGCUCUUUCAACCUACCACCUAAUCGUCCCCUGAUUCAAUUGGCGAAAACAUUGUUCUCUCCCUCUCCACCUCAGCUGGUGUGUGGUGAGCAUUCUGGCACAAAAUGGCUGCCGUCCAUCGCCCAGGUGGGCGCUACACACUGGUCGUGGUUGAGGCGAGUUUCCCCCUCAACACUGUAAAGCGCUUUGGAUGUCUAGAAAAGCGCGAUAUGAAUGCAAUAAUCUAUCUGUCCAUCUACAUCGACCCUGUGUGGUGUCCAUGCAGUGCAACACUGAGAGUACAUCGACCCUGUGCUCGCCCUGACACUACCACGACUAAGGGCUUCUGCCCGGUUGUAGAUGUGCCUGCCACCUACAGGACAGCCUGGGUGUGUGGGUAACCUGAACGAUGCUGGGUCCUGUUUGGUGAGGGGGCAGGGGUGAUGGCGUAAUGGCCCAAAAGCGGUUGGAACUAGGUGUCAUCAGUGAGUCUCUGACGACUUCAACCAGUCAUAAUGGCCUGCUGGAGCAAGCUUUUCUGAUUGGUUCAAUAAGUUAUUCUUCCAUCCCAUGUCUUGUUCCUUCUCUCUGGCUCUGUUGAAUUUUCAGGUCACGUGAUCUAAGCAAUGUCACUGGUAGUGUGCGGUGGGUGUGGCCUGUGGUCAUAAUCCUCCAAUCACACUGGGUUUCGAAGGAAGUCCUAACUGUAAAAAAAAAAAAUAUGCACUGCUCUGUUGCUGGAAUGUAAUUUAGAAAUCAGUUUUUAAUUUAUUUUUUUAUAUGUCACUGAUAUGAUCUUUAGGUUUUUAAUUAUUCUCAUGUUAUUUAUUGUAGGUUUUGUUUCUUAAUGAAGCUGAUUGUGUGCAUGUGAACCGGUUUUCUUAAGCACGACAGUAUCAGCAGCUUCUAUGAAGAUGAAAAUACUUUUUAGAAUAUAUUUCUAGAGAGACCUAUUUUGACAGUGUGGCUGAAUGUUGUCCAUGUGCAGUAACUCUCAGUGCUAAUAGGUCUGUGGUAAUUCAGUGGUAACAUGGCUUACCGUGACCAUGACCACGGCUGGUAUAGGAGGUGCAACUCUUUACAGCUGGUUCCCUGUCAGUGGUGAGUGUACAUAAUGGCAGGAUGAGGCACUGGUCACUAGAGGAGCCCACGGUGGCUUAAUUAUCCCGUACACUGGUAUAUUAGGCAGUUCCUCUACAACAUUACAUUACACUACACUAAUGGCGUUUGGCAGACGCUCUUAUCCAGAGCGACGUACAGUUGAUUAGACUUAAGCAGGAGACAAUCCUCCCCUGGAGCAACGCAGGGUUAAGGGCCUCGCUCAAGGGCCCGACGGCUGUGCGGAUCUUAUUGUGGCUACACCGGGCUUAGAACCGCCGACCUUGCGGGUCCCAGUCGUUUACCUUAACCGCUACGCUACGGGCCGCUACAACACCGGAGACUCCCUCAAUUAUGUUCAAUUUCAAAUGCAUUUUAUUUGUGUAAUUGGUGUAAUAAAAAAACGUUGGGAGCAGAAGAGCUGGUUGGGGAAGUAAUGGGGCCCGGCCUCUGAUGGCCUGCCUAAUGUCAGUAAUUAAAGUUUGGCUCAAUGACAAUGGGGGACGUAAAGGAGAAAUUCUUGGGAAAAUAAUAAUCGUGGCUUGGCAGAUUUUCGCCUGUUAUCAGACGGGUUGAGUUAUAGAGCCAGCUGGUUAAGUUAUCGUCUCAGUCAUUCUUCUCCUUGUGAUCCAGACUGGGUCAUUUGCCUUCAUUUAUUUCUUGUAACGCCUCCUCACUUGGCAGUGGACGGACUUUUAGACAUGGUGUCUGUUCCCGUCAUAUCGGCCGUGACUCAUGCACUGCCGAAGCCUGUUUUACAUGGGCAGGUUCUUCCGUGUUCUUCCGUGUUCUUCCGUGUUCUCCCGUGUUCUCCCCCUUUCCACCCAGGUCCCCGAGGGCCGUCCAGUAUCCUCCCACAGACAUGCAGGUUGGGGUGACCGUAGGCGGUCUGGGGGUGGUUUCCUGCCUCUCGCCCUCUUAAGCGCGUUCCACACGCCCGCGUAAAUCUCGAGGAAUGCGCACCUGUGUGAAAGCUGCUUAUCAUACGGUCUCCAAACAUGCUGCUACAGGUCGAUUUGAAUACCUUUUCAGGCUUGCUGGAGUAUUAUGCCUGCGGCCUCGGAUUCCAUUGGCUCUCCGAGGCGACAAGUGGAAUAAGCCCUGUUGCGUCACCCCGACGUUGUGACGGUUUUUUUCCCCCCAAUGAGCUCCCUGGUUCCUGAAUUCCAUGCAAUGCAAUGCACAAACACGCUGAAUUCAAAGGUUUUGAAAAAGUUUCCAUUUCGGUAUGAAUGUACUGAAAAUGCCCAGCUUCUCUGUUAGCCAUGUCUGUGGAGGAUGCUGUUGAUGGUCGGGCAGUCUGAGCAGCAUUAAUGCCAAGCUUAAAAAUGUGCCGCUGUCUUUCUCCCUGGGAGUGCAGGCUCCCCAUUGAGCUAGCACAGUGUGUGACAUGUCCUCCCUGCUGUUGAUCAACGUGGCUUCAAAUUCAUCACAUUUUGUACAUUCUUGAAAUGAUUUCCAUAAAUAAACCGCUCCUGACCGACAA